AUGAAGGGAGCUAUUUUUGCCGCUGCCUUGGUCGGCUCUGCCAUGGCCGACGGUGUGCACCGUCGCCAUGAUGCUUUCCACCAGCGUCGUGAGGCUUCGGCCAGCACCUGGUCCUCCGCCGGUCUUAACACCGAGGAGAACUGCGGCUGCACGACCAAGGUCAUCACCAUCUAUGGUUCCCCUACCCUGGUCCCUGUCGAGAGUGUUGCUCCUACCCCGUCUACUUCCACUUCCACUUCCACUUCCACCUCCAUCUCCACCUCCACCCCCGUCUCUACCUCUAGCUCUACCUCGACUUCCGUCCCCGUCCCCGUCCCCGUUGUUGACUCCACCAGCACUCUCACCAGCACUGUGCACUCUACCAGCACCAGCACUCUGACCGUGACUGUCUCGGAGCCUCACCCCUCGGUCCCGGCUGCCAAGAGCCCCGUCGUUGCUAACACUCCCGCCGUUGAGUUGCCCACUCCCGGUGUUAGCACCUACUCAGCCACUGGUGUCUACACCGUCCCGGCCACCACCCUCACCGUCCACGACACCACCACUGUCUGCGGUGCCACCUCCACCGAGGUCCCCAGCGGUACCCACACCUACGGUGGUGUUACCACCAUUGUCGAGACGUCCACCACGGUCGUCUGCCCCUACGCCACUGUGAAGCCUCACGGCUCCACCGUGACCAGCGUCAUUGAGACCACCACCUACAUCUGCCCCUCGGCUGGUACCUACACCGUUGUGCCUCCGACCACCACCACGGUGCCCUCCAGCACCGUCCUGGUCUACCCCACCCCCCAGACCAUUGUCCCCGGUACCUACACCCGUGAUGAGACCACCGUCACUGUGACCCGCACCGACUACACCUACAUCUGCCCCGUUGCUACCCGCAGCCUGGCCUCCGCCGCGUCUGCUGUGCCCACCACUGUUGCUGCCGCUACCACUGCCGCCCCUGUUGCCGCCGCUACCACUGCCGCCCCUGUUGCCGCCGCUCCCACUGUCGCCCCUGUUGCCGGCAGCGUCAACUCUGCCUCUGCCGCCUCUGUCGCCUCUGUUGCCUCCGUUGCCUCUGCUGCCUCUGCUGCCUCUGCCUCCAGCGCUUCCAGUGCCAGCUAUUUCGCUGCCUCUAGCUCUAGCUCUAGCUCCAGCUCCAGCUCUUUCGCUGCCUCUAGCUCCAGCUCCAUCUCCAGCACCUCCGGCAAGCCCAACUCUUUCCCUGAAGCCCUCGGUCAGGGCAAGUACGGUAUGACUUACUCUCCCUACACCGCUGGUGGUGAUUGCAAGACCAAGCAGGCGGUCCUCCAGGAUCUCACUGUCAUCAAGAGCAAGGGAUUCAACUUGAUCCGUGUCUACUCUACUGACUGCAGCGGCCUCGAGUUCAUCGGUGACGCCUGCAAGCAGCUCGGCCUCAGCAUCAUCAUGGGUGUCUACAUCGACGGCUCCGGAAUCUCCGCUGCCCAGGAGCAGGUGACCGCCAUCUCCAAGUGGGCCGAAUGGGGCAUGGUUGAGCUGAUCGUUGUCGGUAACGAGGCCGUCCAGUCCGGCUUCAUCGACGCCGCUACCCUGGCUUCCUUCAUCCAGUCCGCUUCCGCCAGCUUCAAGGCUGCCGGAUACACCGGCCUGGUCACCACCACUGAGCCCAUCGACAUCUGGCAGGCUCACGGCGCUGCCUACCUCUGCGGUGCCGUUGACAUCGUCGGUGCCAACAUCCACCCCUUCUUCAACGCCGAUGUCGUCGCCGCGAAGGCUGGUGAGUUCGCCAAGAGUGAGUUCGAGGAGCUUGAGCAGAUCUGUAAUGGCAAGGACGUUGUCAACCUCGAGACUGGCUGGCCCAACGCCGGUAACCCCAACGGUGCCGCCGUCCCCGGUGUCUCCGAGCAGGCCAUCGCCAUCAAGUCCAUCGUCGAGACCGUCGGCUCCAAGUCCAUCUUCUUCUCCUUCUCUGACGACGCCUGGAAGAAGCCCGGUGAGUUCGAUGUUGAGCAGCACUGGGGUUGCUCUGGAGUCUUCUAG